GCUCGACCUCUACGACACUGAGAGCUACUUCGCAACGAUUGUUCCACAGCGGGCGCGGACAUGCCCUCCUCUCCUAAAUGCAAUUUUCACUACCUCUGCCAAACACCUGAGUCGUGUGAAAAUGUAUCAUGCUCGUGGACAAUCCAAAUACGACGGAAGGGUAAUCGCCAACUUGACAUCUGAGACAGCCAUCCACUACCAUAACCAUUGUAUUGAGCACUUGAUUUCGUUGCCGGAGAGCCUACCAGAGAUAGAGAAAGAAAAUCUACUUGCUGCGGCAAUUAUUCUUCGUUUCUACGAGGAGGUGGACGGUAAGUAUAAGGCUGUAUUUGUUGAACAGGCCCGGCCUUCUUCUGUCAAUGACUGAAUGUCUCUUAUUUACUCGUCAUACAGCUCCAUCCAUAUCAGAGGACAUGGAAAGUGCAGUCAGUGGCAUCCAGGUUUUUCUCAAUAUUCACACCA